AUGGAGCAAUUAUCAGAUGAAGAACUUGACCAUGGUGCAGAAGAAGACAGUGAUAAGGAAGAUCAGGACUUGGACAAGAUGUUUGGGGCCUGGCUGGGGGAACUGGACAAACUCACACAGAGUUUGGAUACAGACAAACCUGUAGCACCAGUGAAGAGAUCACCUCUCCGUCAGGAAACCAAUCUUGCCAACUUCUCAUAUCGCUUCUCCAUGUACAAUUUGAAUGAAGCUCUGAAUCAGGGGGAGACUGUGGAUCUAGAUGCCCUCAUGGCUGAUCUCUGUUCCAUAGAGCAGGAGCUCAGCAGCAUUGGGUCUUAUUCAGCAAACAAUGCUGCAGUGAAACGCCUUGCCACAGAACCCAAAGCCCAGAAACCACCUGCUAGCCGACCUUCUACUAAGCACAGCAGCAUGAAAGGAUUAUCCUCCUCAUCUGGUAAGGUGACUAAACCAUCACAUGCCAACAUAUCUUUGGAUGACAUCACUGCACAGUUAGAGAAGGCCUCUUUGAGCAUGGAUGAGGCAGCCCAACAGUCUGUUGCAGAAGACACCAAACCACUAGUUACUGCUCAGCACAGGAGGACAGCAUCUGCUGGCACAGUGAGUGAUGCUGAGGUGCGCUCAAUCAGUAACUCCUCCCGUUCCAGCAUAACCUCUGCAGCUUCCAGCAUGGACUCCUUGGAUAUUGAUAAGGUGACAAGACCUCAAGAACUGGACUUGACAUCACAAGGGCAACCAAUCACUGAGGUAGUGUGUCAUUCUGUUUCUAUGGGACAUUCCAUCAAUCAGUUCAAGCAUCCUAUUAACUUUCCAGAAGAGGAAGCUGAAUUGACUGCUCACUCCUAUUUGGACAGGGAAACCUCCCUCCUUCUGAGAAACAUUGCAGGAAAGCCUUCUCAUUUGCUGACCAAGGAGGAACAGGCUGCUAAACUCAAAGCUGAGAAGAUUAGGGUUGCGUUAGAGAAGAUUAAAGAGGCACAAGUGAAAAAGUUGGUGAUCAGAGUCCACAUGUCUGAUGACAGCUCAAAAACAAUGAUGGUAGAUGAGAGGCAGACAGUGAGACAAGUAUUAGACAAUCUGAUGGACAAAUCACAUUGCGGUUACAGUUUAGACUGGUCACUGGUGGAAACCAUCUCUGAAUUGCAAAUGGAAAGGAUCUUUGAAGAUCAUGAAAAUUUAGUUGAAAAUCUUCUGAACUGGACAAGAGAUAGUCAAAACAAACUAAUGUUUGUGGAACGUAUAGAGAAAUACGCAUUAUUCAAGAAUCCCCAGAACUAUCUUCUGGGGAAGAAAGAAACCUCUGAGAUGGCAGACAGAAAUAAAGAGGUGCUGCUAGAGGAAUGUUUCUGUGGAAGUUCUGUAACCGUGCCAGAGAUUGAGGGAGUUUUGUGGCUGAAAGAGGAUGGUAAGAAGUCUUGGAAGAAACGUUACUUUCUUCUUAGAGCUUCUGGAAUCUACUAUGUCCCUAAAGGGAAAGCAAAGGUCUCACGGGAUCUCAUGUGCUUUCUACAGCUAGAUCAUGUCAAUGUUUACUAUGGACAGGACUAUCGGAACAAAUACAAAGCACCAACAGACUAUUGUUUAGUGCUAAAGCAUCCUCAGAUCCAAAAGAAAUCCCAGUAUAUCAAGUAUCUUUGCUGUGAUGAUGUAAGAACUCUACACCAGUGGAUCAAUGGCAUCCGCAUUGCUAAGUAUGGGAAGCAACUAUACAUGAACUAUCAGGAAGCAUUGAAGAGAACAGAAUCGGCAUAUGACUGGACUUCUUUGUCUAGCUCCAGUAUCAAGUCAGGCUCCAGCUCAUCUAGUUUGCCAGAAUCGCAAUCAAAUCAUUCCAAUCAAUCUGACAGUGGAGUUUCUGACACCCAGCCAGCUGGACAUGUCCGUUCCCAAAGUAUUGUCAGCUCCAUGUUCUCUGAGGCCUGGAAACGAGGCACUCAACUGGAGGAAUCCAGCAAG